AGGAAGGGCGAUCUAGGCCCUGAGAACCACCGGCGGUCGGCGGAUGCACCGUGUAUUUCCGGGCAUAUCGAAGAUCUAGGUCGAGGGGGUGCCCACAAGGUGGACGAUCUGCAACGAAGGGCGAAUCGCGGUGAAAUGAGUACUUCUCACGGCUGGAGAACGACCUAAUCCCGGGACGAAGAUCGUCGAUCUGAGAUCUAAGAUCGGCGUGAACUCGUUUCGCCUCUUACGAACUCGUCGCCGAGGAACACAUAUAAUCACGAAAUUUUUUUUUUUUUUUUUUGCAUAUGUAGUGUAUGAAAUAGUAAGCUCUCGUGUAAGUUAAGAAGGCGUUCUCUCAUUUUAUCGAGAGGGAAAUCUUUUGGCGCUAGAAGAUUGAUUCUCGCCGACGGAGUUUCUUUAAGAGCGUUCGAAGACACCUUUCGUAGGUCUGAGAUUAACGUAGAUAUUCGUCUUACCCGGGAAUCUCGUUGCAAGCGAGCCCUUUAUUAGUGUUGUAGUAACAUAGGCUACAAUAGGUAAUACCUCGAUUCGCCAAUCGACGAAUCUAACUAUAAUCACGUAUACUCCGAGAACAAGAGCUAUUGAAUGGAGCUGGAACUCAUGAUGGACGGCGGUGCGGAAACCCUGAACGGAGCGAUGUGGUUCGCCAACACGUCGUCUCCGUCGUACGAUCAAUUGUCGCCGGUUCGUUCAAAUAGGUGCGACGUCGUAGCCGUCCCUCAACAGACCAUAAUGGGAUAUCAUAGUCCGCAAAAUUCUCUAUGGCAAGACAAGCAUAACUCACCGAAAAAUUCGCCGAUUGGUAGUGAUCAGAUGCAUUUGAAUGAUGGCUCCCCGCAACCACUCUCGUCUUCCGAAUCAUCUCCGAAUUGUGAACAGAACAAUCUGAAACGCUGCUCUACGGAACCGUUGCAACGUAUCGUAGAACUCGAGAAGAAACAUAUCAGAAGAGAUGGAUCCAUCGGGAGCAAUGGCUCUGGUCAAGGUUGGUCCACGCAAGUGGAGGAACUCGCGGAGCACCUCGCCGCUGAUUUCGAUGGAUCGUUAUCUGCUCUCGCGGCUUCUGAUCUCGCAACAGCCGUCGCCUCUUACACUAAUAUGAGCGAAGCCCUCCUCACUCUACCAUCGCUAACGGUCUUUAAACAGGAGGCACCAUCGCCUGAGAAUCAGCACAACAAUCCCAAUUUAAAUCACGUGUCGCAAAGGACGAUCACUACAACAGCAUCCAACAAUGGAAACAUCGGCUCCGUCGAGGCUGACAGCAACAACAAUGGCCAAGCCGCCGCCAGUCUUCAUCAACUCUUGUACUCCUCGAACGAGGAGUAUCCGCCAACUUCGACCGCCAAUCAAGUUUCUUCUUCUCAGCAAGGAAACGAUUUGAACGAGGAUUGCCGCUUCCAGUACGUCUUAGCAGCCGCUACCAGCAUCGCCACUAAGGUUAACGAAGAAACUCUGACGUAUCUGAACCAGGGACAAUCGUAUGAGAUCAAACUGAAAAAAUUGGGCGAUUUGUCUGCUUAUCGCGGGAAGAUUCUGAAGGGACAUCCGACCUUUUUGUUCCAGUCGACGAUACGCAUCUGCUUCCACGAGCGCCGACUGCAAUAUACGGAACGAGAACAAAUGUUGGCCUGGCAACGUGCUAGGCCGGGGGAGAGAUUGCUGGAGGUUGACGUUCCUCUUAGCUACGGGAUGGUGGAUGUCUGUCAACCGUCGCCGUCCAACAAUAGCGUAGAGUUUAUGUGGGAUCCCACGAAAGAAGUCGGCGUUUAUAUUAAAGUUAAUUGUAUAAGCACCGAGUUUACACCGAAGAAGCACGGUGGCGAGAAAGGCGUUCCCUUUCGGAUUCAAGUGGAGACCAAACUGCCAGGGGGACCGCGUCUACACGCCGCCUCGUGCCAGGUGAAGGUCUUCAAAUUGAAGGGAGCGGAUCGCAAACACAAGCAGGAUCGGGACAAGAUAUUGAGACGUCCUCUUCACGAGCAGGAUAAAUAUCAGCCCAGCUACGACUGUACCGUCCUCUCCGAUAUUCCUCUGGAGUCUUUAUCGCCCUCAAACUUGCCGACGCAAAACGGUGGAAGUCCGUACGCCUCAACAGAUGCAAUAUCGCCGCGGACACGCUCGACCAUCGCCGGCAAUUCUUCCCCGGUAGUGGCACCGCUGGCACUUUCGGUUUCUAAUUCCGGUAUCGUACCGUUGGUCCCCGCUUCGGACGCCGUGAAGGAAAACGUGGGAACGGCGCCGGCCUUGCCGUCGCCUGCGGCAAUAUUGCCGGACCAGCCUUGCAUUGAAGCCGAUGUUAGUUUGGCUACGCACGCACACAAAGCUCCGCAACAAUUAAUCGAGUCUAUGAGAACAGGCACCCCGUGUCUUACCGAGUUAUCACCGGAUGCGAAUGCCACGCAGACAACCGCGUGGCUUCGCGCGAGUCGAUUCAACGCGUUCGAAUCGACGUUCGCGAGCUUCUCCGCGUCGGACAUCCUACGUCUGUCUCGGGAGGAUCUCAUCCAGAUCUGCGGAGUGGCGGAUGGCAUUCGGCUGUUUAACACGCUUCACUCCAAGGCACCGACUCCGAAGCUCACCCUCUAUUUUUCGUUGGAAGGCAACGGCUCGCUCUGGAGAGUCACUUACCUCGACAAUCUCACGAGUAUCGCGCUGACGAACAAGUUGCUCAACACUCUAAACUUAUCGCACGAUCGACUGCACUCGAUAUUGUUCCUAGGGCCACAGGGUAUACACGUGUUGGUCACCGACGAGUUGGUAGCAAACAUGAAAGACGAGAGUAUGUAUCUCGUCGAGAUGAUCAAAGAUCCGGCCAGCGAGCGUUAUAAAUUGCUGAUAAAGUCGAAAACUAUUUGAACAAUUUUUGAGAUUUUAUUUUAUAAAAAUAUAAAUAACAUAAGGCGCGAAAGCUAACUUUUAUAAAAUAGGUAUAUUAUUUGUCAAGUAUACGUAAAUGAGACAAUUAUGAUGUCUUGUGAAAAGAUAAAAAAAUAUAUAAUAGGUUUGGAAAUUUUGCAACAUUGCGGCAAAAAGACAAUCAAAAUUUUGAUAUAAUAUAAAAUAAAUUCUGUAAUAUAUAUUAUAUUUACAAUAUACAUAAUCGCGGAUAUAGAAAAAUAUAAACUAAAAUGAUACAACAAAAAAAAUACUAACUUAUGUAUUUGGAAAAUUGUGUUUUGAAAUUAUUCGUAUUUGAAACGUGUACAAAUUUUUAUCGAUGAUUUAUGGUACUAUAGCUGAUGCUUUAUCUUGAUAAUAUUAUUUGCCUCGAUAUCCAUCUGGAUAUCAAGCCAUAUUUGUAACAUAAUCGAAACAUACUAAUUUAUAUACUGGUUUAAUCCAAUACUCUCUUUUAAAUAUAAAUGCAUUAGUAAAAAAAAAAUGAUUAUUGUCAUUGUAUUAUAUUGCCAUUAUAUACUUAUAGAGCAAUACGAGUAAUCGAUCUUUGAUCGGUCUAAAAGUACAUGAAUCGAAUUCGUAUUGAAUUCAAAUAUAUUCGAUAAUUUUGGGCCACUUUUAACUCCGUUUUUUACCAAUUGAAAAUAAAAUCAUUAGAUAUCAUAUUUUGUACUUUCUUUAGAAAGUUAUGGAUUUUUUAAGGAAAUUAUGUAUUAUUUCAUCUAUUAUAUAAUUACGUAUCAUAGACGAGAUAGCGAGAAAUAGAUAUAAGAUAUACGAAAAUUUUGUGCAAUUGUAUGUUAUACUGGAUAUUCUAAGAUUAUGAUCAUUGCGAGUACAAAUUUUAUCUUUCGGACAAAUGCAAAAGUGCCGAGCAUCUACAAGAUUUCGAUUUUUAGGCCGCAUGGGAUUGAUAAGUUUGAAAAAAGUAUUUAAUGCGCAUAUAUAUAUAUGUAUAUAUAUCUACUAGAAUUGAGUAAAGAAUGAAAGGACGAAGAGAGAUUAAAAGUAAGAUUGUGGAGAUCGCUACUCUUAGUACAAUUUAUGAAAACAUUCAGUUUUCGAUAUAUGUGCCACGCUAAAAGUAAGGGUAAAAUCUUUUAAUAUUAUAUGUAUAUAAUUGUUACUACGUUAUAUAUUCGUUGAUUUAAUAAUUUGUUUUUAUAAUUUUCUUGUUUCCAUACACAUGUUUCUUUUAACACAUUUUAACAUUGUUAUUAAAAUAAAGGAAAAUGGCGUUAUUAUUAUAAAAAAUUAAUAAUAAUCAUUAAGAUAUGUUUUAUAUUAUAUAAAACGUGCAACUUAAGAAGUGCAAUUUACUAGUGCCUUAAAUAAUAAUGUGCCAAUAGACACACGUAUAAGUGUGUUUACAAUAACAGGCACAUAUAGUAUAUAUUUUAUAUAAAAGAAAAAUAUUUUUGCAUGUUUUCUUAUAACGCGAAUAUUACGGUAAGGGGAGAGAUGGUUUUUUUAUAUUAAUAUUUAUGAGAUUAUGCGAUAAUUUUAAAAGUUUUAUAAAAUAUGAGAUGUUUAUA